GUUAGCACUGGCAGCCCUUCCGUGACCACUGUUGACGUCUUCGGUGACGGACAGCGACCUUCACCAUGACACGUCUGCGCAAACGUCAGAACUAAAGCAGAGUGAAAACAGAUAUGCUACAUGUGAAACUACAAACCAAUUAAUUUUCCUAAAUUUCUUAUAUUUUCUACUAUUCUAUUGAAUUUGUUUAUUUGAGUGCCUAAAUUUGAUUGAGCAAGCAAAGUGCAGCUUCUAACCUCUGUUGUUCGAGGAAUAAAAAAAACUAAUGAGUCACUGAAUGUGUAAGCCCCUUUUGUAGUACAAACCUCAAUGAAUCUAUAAACUAAAUAUAUACUCUAAUUGCACCUUAAAGCAAUCGCUGAAAAGAUCCGUGAUUUUCAUUUCGUUCCCGAACAAACUUUAAGACAUUCAACCACAAGAUGUCUGAGUCCCGUGAUAAGACACCGGAUAACAGCAACGCAUAUAGCUGUGUUGCCUGUCAAAGGCCGGACUCCGCUGACAACAUUGUUGCCUGUGAUAAGUGCUCCGAUUGGUGGCAUUACUCCUGUGCCGGCGUAACAGAUUCUGUGAAGACCGCGAAAUGGUUGUGCCGAAAUUGCUUCCCACAAGCAGCCCAGUCAGUUUCCAACGCCUCGACAUCAGCUUCCCGGAAAGCUCGCUUAGAACUGAGCAUGAAGCGCCUGGAGGAGCAGCGAGAGCUGGACAAGAAACUAAUGGAGCUGGAACUGGAAAAGAAAUACUUGAAGCAAAAGUACCAACUAUUGGAGGAGACGCUGCAGGAAGAGUUUGAAACUCGAAGCGUCCGUUGUCGGGUCAACGAGAUAGAGUCUCGGCAGAACAACGUUAGGCGAUGGGUGGAACAACAAGCAUCCGAGAAAUCAGCGGCCAAGGAAGAUGAUGUCCCCGCAGUCACGUCGGAUAACCGACAGGAUGUUCACCAAGGUCCACCGGUUCACAUCACGGACGUGGAAGACGGAGCAGUAGGCGGGGUCGAUUGUGCGAUUAGAGAUCCACAAGCCGUCCCUGGAAGCAAUGCCUUCGGUAAUCUCCGUCGCACUUUGCAGAACUGCAAGCAGGACCAGCCAACGCUGCAGCAACUGCAAGAAUUGCAAGAGCAAUUAAAAAUAUGCCAGCUUCAGUUGCAACAACAAUCUACUCCUAUUUCUUCAAGACGCCCGGACGUUUCAAAGGGAGCCAUUCGCAAAACGCACCGGGAUGAGAUCGUCAGGCCCGCCGAAGAUAUGCCGCGUUCGGCGGUACCAAACCCCAUGGUGCAUGAGGCCCAUGAUCAACACAGAAAUCACCGUUAUCCGGAGCCGCUCCGGAAUCCAAAUCAGUUUGCUCCCUCCGUUCCGCUUGUACGUCAUCGUGUAGAAGUACCGAUUCCGUCCGUUAGCUCGUUGGUUCCUCGUGGCCCGUCUCCCGAACAAAUUGCCGCUAGACAAGUGAUGACCCGUGACUUGCCGGAAUUUACUGGCGAUCCCGAAGAGUGGCCAAUGUUCGAGAGUAGCUUUAACAAUACGACUGCAGCUUGCGGCUACAACCAUGCCGAGAAUCUCUCUCGGCUCCAGCGGUGCCUGAAAGGCGCUGCACUCAAGUCAGUCAGGUAUUACCUGAUGUCGCCGGAAUCGGUUCCGGACGUCAUGAAGACAUUAAAAAUGCUUUAUGGCCGCCCGGAGAUGAUAGUCAACAAACUCAUUAGAAACGUUCGUGAAACUCCAUCUCCGAAACCGGAGAAAUUGGAAACGCUGAUUGAGUUUGGGAUGGCCAUUCGCAACUUAACCCAGCACCUAAUCGCCGCCGGUCAGCAGUCACAUCUGUCCAACCCAAUACUGCUGCAAGAACUGGUGGACAAACUUCCUGCAGGUGUCAAAUUGCAAUGGGCGCAGCAUCUCCAGAAUCAUCCGGUCGCAUCACUACAGAUUCUCAGUCAGUUCAUGACAACUGUCGUGGAUUCUGUCAGCAAGGUUGUCGUGUAUGUUGGUGAGCCAAUACAGAAGCACGAAAAGUCCAAAAUCCGUGAGAAAGGGUUUCUUCACGCCCACGCUGAAGCAAAUGGAGCAGGUGCUUACGCUGCGACAAAACGUUGCCCAAUAUGCACCAAAGAUGAUCAUCGAGUUCCAGAUUGCACCUCGUUUAAAAGAAUCAGUGUCGAAAAUCGGUGGAAGAGCGUUACAUCCCUGAAACUCUGCCGUUGUUGCUUGAACUUCCAUGGUCGUCGAACAUGUAAAAGUACAAAUCGCUGCGGAGUCAAUGGCUGCGAGCUGCGACACCAUCCCCUUUUGCAUUCACCACCUCCAACAUCCACAACUACGGGCAAUCAGCGAGUGACCCAGUCGUCCGAAAAUCACGCUCAUCACCACUGUGGACAAUCCGUGUUGUUCAGAAUUAUACCUGUGGUACUACACGGACCUUCCAAAUCGAUGACAGUUUUCGCCUUUCUCGACGAGGGAUCCUCAGCGACACUCAUCGAGCACGACCUUAUCGGACAACUGGGGAUUGAAGGACAAAAUGCUCCACUGUGCCUCACGUGGACGGCAAACAUGUCCCGGCUGGAAUCGAAAUCGCAACUGGUUUCUCUGGACAUUUCCGGAAUUGGUCAACAGAAAAGAUAUCAACUUGCGAAUGUCAGGUCCGUUGAAGUCCUCAAUCUGCCCCGCCAGACCUUACGUUUUGGAGAACUGCAAAAAAGCUUUCGACACUUGGCUGAUCUUUCAGUUGAUAGUUAUGAGGAUGCUGUACCACAAAUUUUGGUUGGACUCCGAAACCUGAAGCUUGCUGUACCGCUAGAGACAAGGGAAGGCAAUCGGGGACCAAUUGCAACCAAAACACGUUUGGGUUGGUGCGUUUAUGGAAGUCUCGAUUAUGGAUGUAAACCCGAACACGUCAGCCUUCAUAUCUGCGAAUGCGAUACCAACCGGAAGCUUGAAUCGAUGAUGAAGGAGUACUUCAAUGCGGAUUACACUGGAGUUGCUCCGAUUGAACCACUGGUGUCCGAGGAUAACAAACGAGCUCAAAGGAUUCUUGAAGAGACGACGACAAGGGUUGGAAACCGAUUCCAAACUGGUUUGAUUUGGCGGUACGAUGAAAUUGAUCUACCAGACAGUUUCCACAUGGCUUUACAGCGUCUUCAAUGUUUGGAGCGAAGGAUGACACGGGAUGCAGCUUUGAAGGAGAAUCUCCAUCGGCAGAUCCGUGAAUAUCAGGACAAGGGUUACGCUCAUCGACUAACGCAGGCAGAACUACUUGCAGCGGAUCCUAAGCGGGUAUGGUAUCUGCCUAUCAGCGCUGUGACAAAUCCCAAUAAGCCCGGAAAAGUCCGCCUCGUAUGGGAUGCGGCAGCGAAAGUGGCCGGUAUUUCGCUGAACAGUCUCCUACUGCCAGGACCGGAUUUGUUAACUCCAUUACCCCAUGUCCUGUUCCGUUUCCGACAAUUUCCGGUGGCCGUCUCUGGUGACAUCAAAGAGAUGUUUCACCAGGUCGGUAUCAUUGAGUCCGAUCGGCAUUCGCAGCGUUUCUUGUGGCGCGACAACCCCGAACAAACUCCGCAAAUCUUUGCGAUGGACGUCGCCAUUUUUGGUGCCGCGUGCUCACCGUCAUCCGCGCAAUUUGUAAAAAACAAAAAUGCGCAAGAGCAUGCAUCACGAUUUCCCAAGGCAUCGGAAGAUAUAGUAAAGUGCCAUUACGUGGACGAUUACCUUGGGAGCUACGAGACCAUCGAUGAAGCCAAAGAAGUCGCCGAAGGCGUGAAGGUGGUGCAUUCCAAAGGAGGAUUUGAGAUCCGAAAUUGGGUAUCAAAUAGUCAAGCUGUCGUGGAACAUUUGGGCGGAGAACCAGCGAACGGGACGAAGGAGCUAAUUUCGAAGGGAAACGGCAAUACGGAGCGUGUUUUGGGAAUGCUCUGGCAAUCGGCAGCGGACGAAUUGCGAUUUUCAACGACAUUCCGUAGAGAAAUCGUGGAACUAGUCGACUGCGAAGUUAGGCCAACAAAACGACAGAUGUUGAAGUGCAUCAUGAGUCUCUUUGACCCGCUAGGCCUGCUAGCAUCGUUCUUGGUGCAUGGCAAAAUAAUGAUGCAGGAGGUAUGGAAAACGAAAAUUCAAUGGGACGAGCGAGUUGACGACCACAUCUACGACCGUUGGAAGAAAUGGAUCGCUCUAUUUAGCAAUAUCGAGGACCUCCAAGUGCCACGUUGCUACUUCCAGCACGCUAACGCCAACAUGUACUCGGCACACCAACUCCACAUAUUUGUUGACGCAAGUGAAGACGCGUACUCGGCGGUUGGAUAUUUCCGUGUAGAGGCUCCCGACAAGAGCGUUCUUUGCACGUUAGUAGCAGCAAAAACAAAGGUUGCACCGAUACACCACGUCACUGUCCCGCGACUGGAAUUGAUGGCGGCGGUAUUAGGAAGCAGACUAGCAGCCUUCAUUUCUGAAGGCCAUUCGAUACCGAUCAAACGAAGAAUCUUCUGGUCUGAUUCGCGAACCACUCUCGCUUGGAUCGGAUCGGAACACCGACGUUAUCGACAGUUUGUCGCAUGCAGGAUUGGCGAAAUACUAUCAUCGACAACCACGAGCGAAUGGAGAUGGGUGCCGAGUAAACUCAAUGUCGCCGACGAAGCUACCAAGUGGGGCAGAGGACCCUGCUUCGACGUUCACAGCCGCUGGUACCAAGGACCUGAUUUUUUGUACCAAAAUGAACAGUCUUGGCCUCAGCCGGACCAGAGGAUCACUACCACCGAAGAGGAAAUACGACCGUGCUAUGUUCAUCAAAUACUCACGAUGCCGCUAUUACAAUUCGAACGGUUUUCCAAGUGGGAUCGUUUGUUACGGACAGUAGCAUACGUCGGACGUUUCGUGAGCACGUGCAGGAGACGCAUUGAAGGGCAUUAUACAGCCAAGAGACUGACACAACCAGAACUGCAGGACGCUGAAAUAUUGUUAUGGAGAAUGGUGCAAUUGGAAGCAUAUGCGGACGAGUUGGCCAUUAUCAGGAAGAACGAAGAGUUGUCCGUCGACGAACGAAUGUCACUGGAGAAAGACAGCAUUCUUUUCAAACUAACUCCGGUACUGGAUGAGCAUGGAAUACUCCACGUGGACGGCCGCAUAGGUUCAUCACAAACGACUAUCACCGUAAGUAUCUUCACGCUAACUCUGAGACGAUCGUGA